AUGUUUUCGAGACUGAUCCGGGCCCGUGGCGUCGCCCAAGUGGGCAGACAGCCGUCGACGCAGCUGUUUCGCCGCUCUGUGACCACCGAUGCUGCUUCUGCGCAUGCGGAGGAUAUUCCAGCUGAAGAUGACAAGCCAUUUUCAGUCAAGCUCUCCGACGAGAGCUUCGAGACCUACGAACUCGACCCUCCACCAUACACUCUCAAGACGACCAAGAAAGAACUCAAGAAGAUGUACUAUGAUAUGGUAUCAAUAAGACGUAUGGAAAUGGCCGCCGAUCGACUCUACAAGGAGAAGAAGAUUCGAGGGUUCUGCCACUUGUCGACCGGCCAGGAAGCCGUUGCCACAGGUAUCGAACAUGCCAUCACCCCCGACGACAAGCUCAUUACCGCCUACCGAUGCCACGGAUUCGCCAUGAUGCGCGGUGGUACCGUUCGCUCGAUUAUCGGUGAAUUGCUCGGUCGCCGUGAGGGUAUUGCCUACGGAAAGGGAGGAUCUAUGCACAUGUUUGCUAAGAACUUCUUCGGCGGCAAUGGAAUCGUCGGUGCCCAAGUUCCCGUUGGUGCAGGUCUUGCCUUCGCCCAACAAUACAAUGGCGAGGCAAAUACUACCGUCUGCCUAUACGGUGACGGAGCAUCCAACCAGGGCCAAGUCUUCGAGGCUUUCAACAUGGCUAAACUGUGGAACCUCCCUGUCAUGUUUGGCUGUGAGAACAACAAAUAUGGAAUGGGUACCGCUGCCAACCGCUCUUCCGCGCUAACCGACUACUACAAGCGAGGACAGUACAUCCCUGGUAUCAAGGUGAACGGAAUGGAUGUCCUCGCCAUCAAGGCCGCCGUUCAGUACGGUCGUGAAUACACCGUUGGCGGCAAUGGUCCUCUCGUCUUCGAAUAUGUCACCUACAGAUACGGCGGUCACUCCAUGUCCGAUCCCGGCACGACAUACCGUACCCGUGAAGAGAUCCAGCGCAUGCGCAGCACCAACGACCCAAUUGCGGGACUCAAGCAGAAGCUUCUCGAUUGGAACAUCACCACCGAGGAGGAGCUUAAGGCCAUUGACAAGGAUGCCAGGUCGAUGGUUGAUGCUGAAGUUGCGAUUGCUGAAGACAUGGCCGUUCCUGACGCGACCUCUCGCAUCCUGUUCGAGGACAUCUAUGUCCGUGGCAGUGAACCCAAAUGGAUGCGUGGCCGUACCGCCGACGAGACUUUCUACUACUAA